AUGGCCUCCGCCGAGCACUGUCUCCUAUGCUUUGAGGCCCUCGAGGCCCACCUCGAAGACCGCAAGUGCCUCUCCUGGGACGCCAUUCAAGCCUCGUGGGCCUCCUACUCCAGCCCCAUAACGGGCCUCACCACGCUCAAGGACCCCGCCUUGCGCCGAGUCGCCGAUGCCUCUCCCUCGUCGGCUUCGUCGGCUUCCUCGUCGGCUUUCUCGUCGUCGUCGGCAUCGCCCGCCCUGGCUUCCACGCCCGCAACGUCCACCUCGUCUCUGCCCCUGGGCCCGACCGCCGCGCCGCUCUUUGUCACGUGGAACACCGUCGAGGACGGCGACACGGCUCUGCGCGGUUGCAUCGGCACCUUCGAGGCCCAGCCGCUGUCCAAGGGCAUUCCCGACUACGCCAUCACCUCGGCCGUGCAUGACUCGCGCUUCCCGCCCAUCACAAAGGCCGAGCUGCCGCAACUGCAGGCUGCCGUCACCCUGCUGACCGACUUUGAGGAGGUCGACGAUGCCCACGACUGGGAGAUUGGCCUGCACGGCAUCCGCCUCUCCUUUAGCGACCGCGGCCGGCGCUACGGCUCGACGUACCUGCCCGACGUGGCUUCGGAGCAGGGCUGGACCAAGGACGAGGCUCUCUUCAGCCUCAUCCGCAAGGCGGGCUGGGUUGGCUCUCGAGGCCGCUGGAUGGACCUUGACCUCAGGGUGACGCGCUACCAGGGCAAGAAGUGCAGCAUGGACUACCCGGAAUACAAGCAAUGGAAGGACUGGAUGAAGGCGAGCAAGCAGUGA